CUGCUGGCGUCACUUUCAUGGGAGGGGCGAAUGCAGGUUCCGGUUGGUUGCUAGGGAGCUGUGUGAGCGGCCUUGGUAACGCGGCUCGGAGCUGGGAGAGACGAUUGUGCGGUACUGCGCUAAUAACCGCUGCGUCCCGACAUAUAAAUGGCUGCCCUGCAGAUCAAGGACGGGGAGUUCACUGCAACCAUUUAUAAACUGCUAAAAGAAGGAAGAUAUGGAGAAGCUGUACAGAUACUUAAUACUGAACUGCAGAAACAAUAUCGGAUUUCACAAGAGAGGAUGGCCUGCUGAUAAGCAAACACUGGCAAGAUGGCUUCGGAUGACUAUUUCAGAAGCAUAUUCUCAAGCUGAUCUCCCUGUUCCGGCUAAUGUAUCUGCUCAUUUUAAUCGUAAGUCUAGGGCAGGCCUGUCUCUCCUGGGUUACUGCUAUUUUCAGAUGCAAGACUUUGUAAAUGCUGCAGAUUGCUAUGAACAGCUAAUGCAGAUCAACCCUGAAGUCGAAGAAUAUAAACUGUAUUAUGCUCAAUCCCUAUACAAGGCAUGCAUGUACCCAGAGGCCAUGAAAGCAACAUUUCUGUUGGAUAACCCUGCAUAUCAUAGCAAAGUGUUGAAGUUACAAGCUUGCAUCAAAUAUGGAGAAGAAGACCUGUCAGCAGCUAAGAGUUUGGUAGAACAGAUGCCUUCGGAUGAUCCAGAAUGUGAGAUAAAUUUGGGAAGUUUGCUGUACAAGGAAGGACAGUAUGAAGAAGCAUGCAAGAAAUUCAUUACUGCCAUGCAGAUUGUUGGAUAUAAACAAGAUUUAUCCUACAACAUUGCCUUAUGUUACUAUAGCAUGAAACAAUAUGUGCCCGCAUUAAAAUACAUUGCCGAUAUUAUAGAACAUGGAAUCCGAGAGCAUCCCGAGCUUGGGGUUGGCAUGACAACAGAGGGCAUUGAUGUCCGUAGUGUGGGCAACACUCUGGUGCUGCACGAAACCAAGCUGAUUGAAGCUUUUAACCUCAAGGCUGCUAUUGAAUACCAGUUAAAAAAUUAUGAUGCAGCACAGGAAGCUCUGACAGAUAUGCCUCCAAGGUCUGAAGAGGAACUUGAUCCAGUUACUCUUCAUAAUCAGGCCUUGAUGAACAUGGAUGCCAAACCCACAGAGGGAUUUGAGAAGCUGCAGUUCUUGUUGCAGCAAAAUCCUUUCCCUCCUGAGACAUUUGGCAAUCUGUUACUUUUAUACUGCAAGUAUGAGUACUUUGAUCUUGCAGCAGAUGUGCUGGCUGAAAAUGCUCAUCUGACCUACAAGUUUCUUACUCCAUAUUUAUUUGAUUUCCUGGAUGCAAUGUUAACUUGUCAAACAGCACCCGAUGAGGCUUUCCUAAAGCUGGAUGAGCUAGCUGGGAUGCUCACAGAACAACUGAGAAAAUUGACAAAACAGGUACAGGAAGCUAGACUUAACCGAGAUGAUGAUGCAGUUAAAAAGGUUGUGAGUGACUAUGACGAAGCUCUAGAAAAAUACAUACCUGUUUUAAUGGCCCAGGCAAAGAUAUAUUGGAACAUGGAGAACUACCAGAUGGUGGAGAAAAUCUUUCGGAAAUCGGUGGAGUUUUGUAAUGAACAUGAUGUGUGGAAACUGAAUGUGGCCCAUGUAUUGUUUAUGCAGGAAAAUAAAUAUAAGGAGGCCAUUGGUUUUUAUGAGCCCAUCGUUAAAAAGCACUAUGACAAUAUCUUGAAUGUCAGCGCAAUCGUCCUUGCAAACCUGUGUGUUUCGUACAUCAUGACAAGUCAAAAUGAUUUGGCUGAAGAAUUUAUGAGGAAGAUUGAAAAGGAAGAGGAGCAGAUUGCUUAUGAUUAUCCAGAUAAGAAAAUAUACCAUCUUUGUAUAGUUAACUUAGUUAUUGGAACUCUUUACUGUGCCAAAGGGAAUUAUGAGUUUGGCAUUUCUCGUGUUAUCAAAAGCUUGGAGCCGUACAAUAAAAAGCUGGGAACAGACACGUGGUUUUAUGCAAAGCGAUGCUUCCUAUCACUGCUAGAGAACAUGUCAAAGCACAUGAUCAUGCUACAAGACAGCGUCAUCUACGAAUGCAUUCAGUUUUUGGAGCAUUGUGAAAUUUACGGUAAGAAUAUACCAGCACUAAUUGAGCAACCACUAGAAGAAGAGAGGAUGCACAUUGGCAAGAACACUGUUACUUAUGAAUCAAGACAACUGAAAGCAUUAAUCUAUGAAAUAACAUCCUGGAAUCUGUAAUUAUUCCAUAACAACAUUCCUAAUUAGUUUCUUAAAUAUUUGGAUGCUCUAUUUUCUCUGACGUCCUAGUGGAUGCUGGGGAUUCCGUAAGGACCAUGGGGAAUAGACGGCUCCGCAGGAGACUGGGCACAUCUAAAGAAAGAUUUAGGACUAUCUGGUGUGCACUGGCUCCUCCCCCUAUGACCCUCCUCCAAGCCUCAGUUAGAUUUCUGUGCCCAGCUGAGCUGGAUGCACACUAGGGGCUCUCCUGAGCUCCUAGAAAGAAAGUAUAGUUUAGGUUUUUUAUUUUACAGUGAGACCUGCUGGCAACAGGCUCACUGCAACGAGGGACUAAGGGGAGAAGAAGCGAACCUACCUAAGUGGUGGUAGCUUGGGCUUCUUAGGCUACUGGACACCAUUAGCUCCAGAGGGAUCGAACACAGGACCCGACCUCGUCGUCCGUUCCCGGAGCCGCGCCGCCGUCCCCCUUACAGAGCCAGAAGCAAGAAGGUCCGGAAAAUCGGCGGCUGAAGACUUCUGUCUUCUCCAAGGUAGCGCACAGCACUGCAGCUGUGCGCCAUUGCUCCUCAUGCACACCACACACUGCGGUCACUGAUGGGUGCAGGGCGCUGGGGGGGGGGGGCGCCCUGAGCAGCAAUAUUAACACCUUGGCUGGCAAACUGACACCAUAUAUAACCCCAGAGGCUAUAUAGGUGUAUAUUAACCCCUGCCAGAUAUAUUAAAAUAGCGUGAGAAAGCCCGCCGAAAAAGGGGCGGAGCCAUCUCCCUCAGCACACUGGCGCCAUUUUCCCUCACAGUUUCGCUGGAGGGAUCGCUCCCUGGCUCUCCCCUGCAGUCCUGCACUACAGAAAGGGUUAAAAAGAGAGGGGGGGGCACAAAAUUAGGCGCAGUAUAGAAUAUAUAUGCAGCUAUAAGGGAAAACACUCUCUAUAGGUGAUAUCCCUGUGAUAUAUAGCGCUCUGGUGUGUGCUGGCAUACUCUCCCUCUGUCUCCCCAAAGGGCUUUGUGGGGUCCUGUCCUCUGUCAGAGCAUUCCCUGUGUGUGUGCUGUGUGUCGGUACUGCUGUGUCGACAUGUAUGAUGAGGAUAAUGAUGUGGAGGCGGAGCAAAUGCCUGUGAAUGGGAUGUCACCCCCUGCGGGGUCGACACCGGUGUGGAUGGACUUAUGGAAGGAAUUACGUGACAGUGUCAACUCCUUACAUAAAAGGUUUGAUGACAUAGGACAGCCGGCUACUCAGCUUGUGCCUGUCCAAGCGUCUCAAAUGUCAUCAGGGGCUCUAAAACGCCCGCUACCUCAGAUGGCAGACACAGAUGUUGACACGGAUACCGACUCCAGUGUCGACGACGAUGAGACUAGUGUAUCUUCCAAUAGGGCCACCCGUUACAUGAUUGAGGCAAUGAAAAAUGUAUUACACAUUUCUGAUAAUACCCCAGGUACCACUAAAAAGGGUAUUAUGUUUGGUGAGAGAAAACUACCAGUAGUUUUUCCUGCAUCUGAGGAAUUGAUAUGAGGUGUGUGAGGAAGCGUGGACUUCCCCAAUAAGAAAUUGAUAAUUUCUAAGCAGCGUACCCUUUUCCGCCAGAGGAUAGGUCACGUUGGGAAAUACCCCCUAGGGUAGAUAAAGCGGUUACACGCUUAUUAAAAAAGGUGGCACUACCGUCACGGAUACGGCCGCCCUGAAGGACCUGCUGAUAGAAAGCAGAAAACUACUCUUAAAGAUAUAUACACACACACGGGCAUUAUAUUGAGACCUGCUAUUGCCUCGGCAUGGAUGUGCAGUGCGGCAGCUGCGUGGUCAGAUUCCGUGUCGGAUAAUAUUUAUACUAUAGAUAGGGACAAUAUUUUGGUGAAAAUAGAGCAUAUAAAAGACGCUGUCUUAUACAUGCGUGAUGCACAGAGGGAUAUCUGCCGACUGGCAUCACAAAUAAGCGCUAUGUAAAACCAUUGCCGCCAGGCGGGGGUUAUGGACUCGGCAAUGGUCGGGCGAUGCCGAUUCAAAACGGCACAUGGAAGUUUGCCCUAUAAGGGGGUGGAACUGUUUGGGGAUGGUCUUUCAGACCUCGUUUCCACAGCUACGGCUGGGAAAUCAAAACUUUUGCCACAAGCUUCCCCACAGCAAAAGAAAGCACUGUAUUAUCAGGUACAGUCCCUUCGGCCCCAGAAAAGUAGAGGGCUAGAGGCUCAUCUUUUCUGCCAAGAGGAAAAGGUAGAGGGAAAAAGCUGCAGCACACAGCUAGUUCCCAAGAGCAGAAGUCCUCCCCGGCGUCCGGUAAGUCCACAGCAUGACGCUGGGGCUGCUCAGGCGGACCCGGGUACAGUGGGGGCCCGUCUCAGAAAUUUCAGCGCACAGUGGGCUCUCUCACAGGUGGAUCCCUGGGUUCUUCAAACAGUAUCUCAAGGGUACAGGCUGGAAUUCGAGACGUCUCCCCCCCGCCGUUUCCUAAAAUCUGCCGUACCGGCAACUCCCUCUGCUAGGGAGGCAGUGUUGGUGGCUGUCCAAAAACUGUAUUCACAGCAAGUGAUUAUCAAGGUACCCCUCCUUCAACAGGAAAAGGGUUACUAUUCCACAAUGUUUGUGGUACCGAAACCGGACGGUUCGGUGAGACCCAUCUUAAAUUUAAAAUCCUUGAACACUUAUAUCAAAAGGUUCAAGUUCAAGAUGGAAUCGCUCAGGGCGAUUAUUGCGAACCUGGACGAGGGGGAUUACAGGGUCUCUCUGGACAUCAAGGAUGCUUACCUACAUGUCCCCAUUUACCCUCCUCACCAGGAGUACCUCAGGGUUGUUGUACAGGACUGUCACUAUCAGUUCCAGACGCUGCCGUUUGGAUUAUCCACAGCACCGAGGGUCUUUACCAGGGUAAUGACCGAAAUGAUGAUACUCCUUCGCAAGAAGGGAGUUUUAUUUAUCCCGUACUUGGACGAUCUCCUGAUAAGGGCAAGGUCCAAGGAGCAGUUGGUAGUGGGGGUAGCACUUUCUCGGGAAGUGCUGCAACAGCACGGCUGGAUUCUCAAUAUUCCAAAGUCACAGCUGGUCCCGACGACACGUCUUCUGUUCCUGGGAAUGAUUCUGGAAACAGACCAGAAAAAAAGUGUUUCUUCCAGUGGAAAAAGCCGAGGAGUUGUCAUCUCUAGUCAGAAACCUCCUAAGACCGGGACAGGUGUCGGUACAUCAAUGCACACAAGUCCUGGGAAAAAUGGUAGCUUCGUACGAAGCAAUUCCAUUUGGAAAGUUCCACGCAAGGAUUUUCCAGUGGGACCUGUUGGACAAAUGGUCCGGGUCCCAUCUCCAGAUACAGCAGCGGAUAACCCGGUCGGCAAGAACCAGGGUGUCGCUGCGGUGGUGGCUGCAGAGGGCUCAUCUACUAGAGGGCCGCAGAUUCGGAAUACAGGACUGGGUCCUGGUAAACACGGAUGCCAGCCUUCGGGGCUGGGGUGCAGUCACACAGGGAUUAAAAUUCCAAGGACUGUGGUCAAAACAGGAGAUUUCACUUCACAUAAAUUUUCUGGAGCUAAGAGCCAUUUACAAGGCCUAAGCAAAACAAGGCCCCUGCUUCAAAACCAGCCGUACUGAUCCAAUCAGACAACAUCACGGCGCUCGCCCAGGUAAACAGGCAGGGCGGCACAAGAAGCAGGAGGGCAAUGGCAGAAGCCACAAGGAUUCCCCGUUGGGCGGAAAAUCACGUGGUAGCACUGGCAGCAGUGUUCAUUCCGGGAGUGGACAACUGGGAAGCAGACUUCCGCAGCAGACUCCACCCGGGAGAAUAGGGACUUCAUCCAGAAGUCUUCCAAAUGCUGGUAAACCGUUGGGAAAGACCACAGGUGGACACGAUGGCGUCCCGCCUCAAUAAAAAAGAUAUUGCGCCAGGUCAAGGGAACCUCAGGCGAUCGCUGUGGACGCUCUAGUGACACCGCGGGUGUACCAGUCGAUUUAUGUGUUCCCUCCUCUCCCUCUCAUACCCAAGGUACUGAGGAUAAUAAGAAAAAGAGGAGUAAGAACUAUACUCAUUGUUCCGGAUUGACCAAGAAGGGCUUGGUACCCGGAACUUCAAGAAAUGAUCUCAGAGGACCCAUGGCCUCUGCCACUCAGACAGGAUCUGCUGCAGCAGGGGCCCUGUCUGUUCCAAGACUUACCGCGGCUGCGUUGACGGCAUGGCGGUUGAACACCGGAUCCUGAGUGAAAAAGGCAUUCCGGAGGAAGUCAUUCCUACCCUGAUCAAAGCCAGGAAGGAGGUCAGCCUGAAGUUCAGACGUUGUAAGGGAAUGCUGCAUAUUUAGCCCCUUUUUGUGCCCCCAGUGGCACCUUGGGAUCUCAAUGUGGUUUUGGAGUUCCUGGAAUCACAUUGGUUUGAGCCACUUAAAACCGUGGUUUUGAAAUAUCUCACAUGGAAAGUGGUCAUGUGUUGGCUCUGGCUUCGGCCAGGCAUGUGUCAGAAUUGGCGGCCUUGUCAUGAAAAAGCCCUUACCUGACUUUCCAUAUGGAUAGGGCAGAGUUGAGGACUCGUCCUCACUUUCUCCCGAAGGUGGUAUCAGGUUUUCACUUGAACCAACCUAUUGUGGUGCCUGCGGCUACUAGGAACUUGGAGGAUUCCAAAUUACUGGACGUAGUCAGGGCCCUGAAAAAUUAUAAUUCCAGGACGGCUGGAGUCAGGAAAACUGACUCGCUGUUUAUCCUGGAUGCACCCAACAAGCUGGGUGCUCCUGCUUCUAAGCAGACUAUAGCGCGCUGGAUUUGUAGCACUAUUCAGCUUGCGCAUUCUGCGGUGGGUCUACCGCAGCCUAAAUCUGUAAAAGCCCAUUCCACAAGGAAGGUGGGCUCAUCUUGGGCAGCUGCCCGAGGGGUCUCGGCUUUACAACUUGGCCGAGCUGCUACUUGGUCAGGGGCAAACACGUUUGCAAAAUUCUACAAAUUUGAUACCCUGGCUGAGGAGGACCUUGAGUUCUCUCAUUCGGUGCUGCAGAGUCAUCCGCACUCUCCCGCCCGUUUGGGAGCUUUGGUAUAAUCCCCAUGGUCCUUACGGAGUCCCCAGCAUCCACUAGGACGUCAGAGAAAAUAAGAUUUUACUCACCGGUAAAUCUAUUUCUCGUAGUCCGUAGUGGAUGCUGGGCGCCCAUCCCAAGUGCGGAUUGUCUGCAAUACUUGUAAAUAGUUAUUGUUACACAAAUCGGGUUGUUAUUGCGAACCAUCUAUUCAGAGGUUCCAUUGUUAUCAUACUGUUAACCGGGGUUCCUAUCACGAGUUAUAUGGUGUGAUUGGUGUGGCUGGUAUGAUUCUUACCCGGGAUUCAAAAUCCUUCCUUAUUGUGUCAGUUCUUCCGGGCACAGUGUCCUAACUGAGGCUUGGAGGAGGGUCAUAGGGGGAGGAGCCAGUG